AUGUACCGUGAUUCUAAUAAUCAAACAUCUCCCAAAUUUACACUGCUUCAGCAAAGUCAAGGCUAUCUCCCUGCUUUCAAUCCCACUAAUAAGUUUUCUUUUAUGGGUAAUGAGAUUAAUGCCCAGAAAUAGUUCUCAGAUGCUGAUAUAACGAUGAUUAAUGAUCAGAAACAAAGCAUGAAAGAAAAACAUAGCAAAACUAAUUAUCCAUUCCCAAUAUAAUAACAGCAAAAUUAUUAGUCCCUUCCAAAACAUAUGAAAAUGACAUCAAUGCAAAUGCUUAAUUAAAGUGCAAUGGAUCAUCCAAGAUCAACGACUAACUUUAUUAAAAAGAGCUCUAAGAUUAAUUUUUCUUAGUCUCCUUUGCAUAGCGAGAAAAUAUUCGAGACUAAGAAGCUCUCUCAUGGCUUUUUAAAUCUGGAAAAUACUAACUCAAAGCAAUUAUUGCUUGAAAACCAAUAAAUUCAUCAGAGACACAAUGAUGAUGCCAACCUGCUUAAAUAGUUUAAGAAUAUAAUGUAUUAUUAGAAGCACGAGUAGAAAAAGAAAGAUUAACUGAAGGAGAUUAAGAUAAGGAAGUCUGAGAGAAGUCUAGAGUCAAUUGAAAUACUUUUUUAAUAAAACCCCAAGAAUAUUGAGGAGAAUGUAAAAAGACUGUUAUCAUUCCUAGAUGAAUAAAGUGUUAUCUUGAUAAAAAACAAAAAUAUUCAGUCUAUUAUGUCACGAUGCUUUAUCAACUUGUCGAACUUUAUCUUUUAAAUGCAAUCAAUGUUUGCAGGUCAGAUACAGGUUAUGAACAUAGAAAAAAAGAAAAUGGGGGUAAUGCUGAGGAAAAGAUUGGAUGAGAUUCAGAAAUACAAAAAUAUAGAGAUGCUAUAGGAAGAACGACUUAAGAAUAUGUUUGAACAUCUUAGGUAACUAGAUUUGGAGAUCAAGGAAUUCUCUGAAGAUAAUGAAAUUUUAAAUGCUAAAGCUUAUGUGCAUUUUGGGGAUAAAAAUAUGGUAGAGCAAUAGAAAAAUCGAGAAAAGAACUAGCAUAACAUGAAAUUACUUGAGUUUGAUUUGCUAAAUAUUCAGCAGUAGGUAUCAAGAGAUCUUGAACUAGUAUUAGAAAAAAAUGAUUUUGAUAUUCAAGGAAUGGAUUCAAAGUUUUUGUCAGAUCAGGUAAAAAGCGGUAUCCAAGAUUCAAUCGGCAAUCUGUAAAAGAAGAUAUAGACAAUUCUUUUAUCAAAUCAUACAAAAGCAAAGAAUUUAAAAGCAGAAAAAUGGAUCUAGACUGAGUCCUGGGAUUUCGCUAAGUUUAGUGAGAAUAUAGAUUCUUUAAGUAGAUAAAAUGCUCUGCUAUAGAAAGACAUGAAAUGGCUAUAGACCAAGCUUGAUAGAUCAAUUGCUAAAGAAGCUGAGAAAGAUGAAAAGAUUACCUAGUUCAUGGAAAGAAUUGAAAAGGUUAAGUAGCAAGACCUGGAGAAUAGAAAAAUUACUCAGGAUAAAGAACAUACUAUAAGAGAAAUGAAAAUGGCAAUUCAAUAGAAAGAAAGAGAGUAUUAAGAUUUAGAGCAUCAUCUGAAGGAUUUAGAGUCAAAUAUUGCAUCAAAGGACCAAGAGUUUUAAAAAAUAGAAAGUAACUUAAAGAUGAGACUACAAUAAUCAUUUCAAAAUGCUUAUCGUUAGUCAAGACCAUCAAGCAAAUCCCCUGCGAUCGGGAGAGCAGCUACAAAUACCUAAGGUGGUCAUCAUGAUGAGGUCUUGAAUCAAGAUUAAAUUGACAAAUUUUUCAAUCGUAAAAAGAUCUCUAUUCCUGGCAAGUAGUCAAUAUAUUUAGACGAUACAGAAAGCUAAGGUAGUCAUACCAAUGAAGAUAGUCACCGAAGAUAAAAUAAAAGUAGCUUUAACAAAAAGCGUGGAGCAUCUGUUAAUGAAAAAUCACAAUCAAGUUAUGGGACUUAGCCAAAUCAAGUUAAGAAUUUGUAAAAGAUGAUGAAAAAUGCCAAGGUAAUUCAAACUGCUCUAUCUGGGGAAUUCAACACACCAUAGAUUAAUAAGAAAAAACUUUCAAAUCACAAUCUUGUCAAGAAGAUAUCAGGAAGUAAAGUUGUUGGGUAAAUCAUAAACAAAGAUCCCCACCUCAGCACUACAACUAGAAAUAAGAUAUAAAAUCUCUCUAAUAAUGAAUUGAUAGAUCGCUUUGAUAGCUAAGCUUCUGAAGGCUUGUUUUAAAACUAGGUCAUUAAAAGCGUUCACUCAAAUCUUCUAUCGCCUUAAAUGAAUAGAGUACAGAAUGGAGAAGGAGAGUUUAACUUUGAUGAAGAAGAAAAAGAGGAGGAUGAUGAGGAUGAGUCUGAGAAAAUGAUGAUGAAUGACAGCAAAAGAAGAUACACUGGUAAUAAUAAGCAUGGCUAACAAAUUAAGAUAUCUGGGGCAAGUGAUGACUCUGUUUUUGAAGAAGCAAGGAACCAUGAGUAUCAGCAAUAAAUGGAUGAGCACUAAGAUCGUUCUUAGUUUAAGAAAUAAAAUAGAAGCAUGAUUGAGAAUGUAUUUUCUAAAGAAGAUAUUGAUAUCAUAAGAGAAUCUUUAAAAUCUGAGCAUCUAGGCUUAAAUGAUUCAGAUAGUAAAAAUUAGAGCGAGCGAAAAAUAGUGGCUCUUAGAGUUAACUAAGCAACAGGAUCAGGUAAAAGCUCAAUGAUGACUGUAAUGAAUGAUAACAACUACAAAUCUAAUAAUAAUCACAUAAUUACUGAGGAAAGCAAUGAGCAAAAUCAAGCAGAAGAUAAGUUUGUUCAAACUUCAUAAAAUUUUGGAAUAGAUCAAGCCAUUUAAGCCUUUGACGAUGAAAGCUACAAUUAUGACUUUAAGGUGAUUGCGAGAUAUAACCAUCAGUCAUUCGGAAAUCACUAAAGUUCAUUGCAAAAGACCUAAUACCCUUCGCAAAAGAUUAAAGUGUUUAAGAAACUUAAGAUCAACUCUAGAGGAAACUUUAGCUAUAAUAAUUCUCCAAGGCCAAAGACUUUGCUGCAACAGGAAAUCUAAAUUAGAAGUUUAUAAGAUUAAAAGCUAAACCGCAGUUCAGAGGGCAUCAACCCUCCUAAGCAGAUGGAAAUUAUAUCUAACACAAAUCUAAAAAGUGCAGCAAAGUUUGAUAACCUCUAGCAGCACCAUCUGAUGCUAAGUUCUGCAGCUAACUUCCAGAAAAUCAAAUUAAUCAAGCAAAGAAAGGCCACGCAUAUCAGAUCAUCCAGUGUGAAACCCGAUUUUAACUUUGAAUAGACUAUUAUUAAGGGGAGCAGAUCCCCUUUCAAACACAAUCCAAAUGAAUAAUUUAUUUGA